UCUUGCUGCUGCCAGGUCCAGAGUGUCUCAUGGGUCCCUGUACGGCCUCCCAUUGCUGCUGUCUCCAUCGCCACACUCUGCCAUGUGCCACUUUCAGGUCUCCUCACACUGCUGGUGGGUUCCAUUUUGUCAUAGGGUGCUGGCAGAUUACGGGCCUCCCAUUGCUGCUGCCAGGCCCGUAAUCUGCCAUGGGCCCCCGUACCGCCUCCUCAUGCUGCUGCCAGGUCCAAAGUGUCUCAUGGGUCCCUGUACGGCCUCCCAUUGCUGCUGUCUCCAUCGCCACACUCUGCCAUGUGCCACUUUCAGGUCUCCUCACACUGCUGGUGGGUUCCAUUUUGUC